AAAUCGUCUGCAUUCAGUUGUAUUCUUCAAAUAGAAAACAAAGGAUCGCUUAACAGGAAGUUGUAAAAAUUUUUUUCAAAAAAUUAAAAUAUUUCAUUAUAAAAAUGGCUUCUUUUGGUGUUCGCGGUAUGAGUCAAAAUUUUGGCAUUAAAAUUUGUUGUUGCCGUGUUUGUACUUGUAUAAAUUUUGGUUUUGUUACCUCGCGAGCGGGUCUAUUAAAAGUUCUACAAUUGGGUUUGGCCUCGUUGUGUGAAGGUCUUUUGAUUAAUUAUGGCGUACCGGCGGCGGAUACAAUUGGUCAAGCUUUGACUAGUUUUUUAACUACAACGGCUUAUUGUUUUACCACAACGGCUAUUUUGAUGAUUUGUUAUUGCUUUUCGGAUAAGUCAUAUGAACUGAUACGUCAAUCGUUAUUUGAAACUCUUUUUAAUGGCGUAGCCUGCAGCAUGUAUUUUAGUGCCUCCAGUUAUAUGGGUUUCGCCUGUGUGGUGUGGCUACAUCCGCAAUUUUUAAUUAAGCCAGGAUUCUGGGCCUAUCCAGCCAUGACAGCGGCUUAUUAUAUGGGUUAUGCAGCUGGUAUUUUACAUGGCAUAGAUGCCUUUUUGGCAUUUAAACACUAUAAAGGAUUUCGCUAAAGCCCAUAACAAACAAAAACUACAAUGUUUAGAAGUUUUUAGUUGUAAAAGCCCUAAAUAUAUUGUAAAUAUUUAUUUAAGUUUAGGUUAAAAGAAACAAAACACAGCUUUAAGUAUGUUAGUAAAAAAAAUACAAAAAAUAAAUUGUAAGUAAAUAACUAUAUGAUCCACAUAUAAUGAGAAACAACACUGCAAAUAAAAAGAG